GCACCCCCGCCACCUCAUAUGGAUGCCCUCCCAACCAAUUGGAUGCCUUAUGACAAUCAUGUUGAAUUUGAGAUGGCAGAAUUCUUAUUCACUCGCAAUCAAAUGUCUGCAAAGCAGAUUGAUACACUUCUUGACUUGUGGGCCGUGACUCUCAUUAAGCACAAUGAUGCCCCCCCAUUUGCAAACCAUAGGGACAUGUACACUACAAUAGAUGCAACACCACUCAGCAAUACCCCUUGGAAGAGCUUUACACUGUGCUACAAUGGAGCCAAACCUGAGCAAGACAUACCGCCAUGGAUGGAUGGACAAUAUGACAUAUGGUAUAGAGAUCCAUUGCAAAUGAUGUGCAGCCUUUUGGCAAACUGCAAUUUCAAUGGAGGAAUCAAGUAUUCACCCUACCACGAUUAUACUACCGAGGACUGUCAGAUCUGCAUAUCUGGAUCUCAGAUCUGA